AUGGAGAACACUUUGAUCAAGGCAUCAGCCAAUAGUACUGAUGGAAUUAAAGGCGAUCCUGCAUACGAGAUGUAUCGCCAGGCCACUCUAGGAGAUGUCGACUUUAUCACGGGCGACUACCUGGCGGAGGUCAAUAUGGCAAAUAAUGCCCAAGCCUUCCAACGUGGCGAACAUCCCGGAUACGAGCAGACAGCCUGGGAGGGUCUCCAGCAGACCAUCGACGUGAUCGCUGAAAAGGGAAUCAAAGUCGUACUAAAUGGAGGAGCUCUCAAUCCCAAAGGGCUAGCCCUGAAGGUGCAUGAACUGAUCAACCAAAAAGGCCUCGCUUUGCGGGUAGCUUACCUUUCAGGAGAUGACCUCUAUACCAAACUCGGCCCGAACAUGCCGCAGUCCGCAGACGGCCUCCAACAUCUCGACGCCGAAAAUAUGUCCGUCAAACCUAGGCCUCUCACCUAUGCAUUCACCAACAUCACCAAGCCCGUCCCCAUGGUCUCGGCACACGCAUACCUCGGAGCCCGGGGAAUCGUGGACGGACUCCGUCGUGGUGCAGAUAUAAUUAUCUGCGGCCGGGUCGCAGACGCCAGUCCUGUUAUUGCGGCGGCGUGGUACUGGCACUCCUGGUCGGAGUCGGACUAUGACCGGCUGGCUGGGUCCCUGGUGGCGGGUCACCUUAUUGAGUGCUCGGCUUAUGUUACUGGUGGCAACUUCCCUGGGUUUGACCAGCACCCAGUUGAUACGUUUCUUGAGCCGGGAUUUCCGAUUGCGGAGAUUGAUGCUGGUGGAUCGUGUGUUAUUGUGAAGCAUCCUGGAACUGGUGGUAUGGUGGAUGUUGAUACUGUUCGGUGCCAACUUUUAUAUGAACUUCAGGGAAAUGUUUACUUGAACAGUGAUGUCAGUGCUAUUUUGGAUGAUGUUGUUAUUGAACCAGUUGGAAAGGAUAGGGUUCGCAUUCAUGGCAUCCGAGGCUAUGCGCCGCCUCCGACAACCAAGUUAGCCGUGUUCUAUCCCGGUGGUUUCGAGGCUCAAAUUUUGCUGAAUGCCACUGGAUAUGGCACUGAUGAGAAGUGGGACCUGAUUGAACGACAAAUCCGACAUUUCAUUCCAAAGGAAUCCAUUGAUCGGAUUGACACACUCGAAUUCCAAAGAAUCGGUAUCCCUGCUCCGAAUCCUAGUUCACAGCGGCAAAGUACCACAUAUCUACGGAUCUUUGUUGCUGCAGGCGAGGCUGAUGCCGUUCUCGCUGUUGGAAAAGCAAUGAAAGACAUUUCUCUCAAGCAUUUCUCGGGAUUCCACUCCUCCCUCGAUAUGCGCACAGCAGUCCCGCGCCCAAUCCUAGCCUACUAUCCCGCGAUAGUCAAACAGGAUGAUCUCAAUGAAGAGAUCAACUUCAUCGAUGGGCCCGAUUCCAUCACAUCGUUUCCAACAGGCCAUCCGCCAGCCUACAAAGCUCUACAGCCACGUGCAAGCUACAACCAUAGUCCAUCCAGUGACGAAGUCGCCCUCCUCCAAUCUCCAACUCGAUCUAUUCGACUGGGAGACAUCGCUCUCGCCCGAUCUGGCGACAAAGGGUCCAAUCUCAACUUUGGAAUCUUUGUUCCUAAUGCGACUCACUGGCCUUGGUUACGGUCUUAUAUGAGCAUUGAAAGAAUGCGAGAGAUGCUCGCUGACGAUGAUGACUGGGAUGAGUCGUUCUUCGUUGAGAGAGUGGAAUUCCCACACAUUCAUGCUGUGCAUUUUGUGGUAUAUGGGAUUCUUGGCCGGGGUGUUAGCAGCUCGAGCCGAUUGGAUGGAUUUGGCAAGGGCUUUGCGGAUUAUGUGCGUGAUAAGACUGUCGAGGUGCCAGUGAAUAUUUUGGAUUGA